CCCCAUCGUCGUGUCUCGUUCUAUUCCGUUCGUCCCGGAAGUCGCCGUCGUCAGAGGAGACGACGCGCCGCCGCCGCCGCGCCGCUGCCGCUCCGCCUCUCUCUCAACUAGGGGAUCAGAAUGGCUCUACGGGCCGCAAGGAGGCUAGCUUCUUGUAGCCGCCAAGGACGCCUCCUCCUGCCCUCUCAGGCUCAGGCCCCAUGCAACCCUCCGGCGGCCGCGGCGGCGGCCUUCCUCCACUCCCACGCCACCAGCUUCGGGUACAAGCAGGUGCGCGAGGAGGAAAAGAGCAGAUUGGUUGGCAACGUUUUCAGCAGCGUGGCUUCCAGCUACGACCUCAUGAACGAUCUCAUGAGCGUCGGCCUGCAUAGGCUGUGGAAGGACAGGCUUGUUUCCAAGUUGAACCCCUUUCCGGGGAUGAAGCAUCUCGACGUGGCUGGUGGAACAGGGGAUGUUGCUUUUCGUGUACUGGAAAGAAUCAAGAGCGUGGGCCACAGAGCUAUGCAGGGUACUCUUACUGCUACCGAAGAAGACACCCACAUUUAUGUCUGUGACAUUAAUCCAAAUAUGCUAAACGUUGGGAAGAAGCGUGCUGUAGAAAGAGGUUACAGUGAAGAACAUUGUCUUAGCUGGAUACAAGGAGAUGCAGAAGCUCUGAGUUUUGAGGAUGGAUCUAUGGAUGGCUAUACCAUCGCAUUUGGGAUCAGAAAUGUGACACACAUUGAGAAAGUCCUAUCGGAAGCUUACAGAGUUCUAAAGCGAGGAGGAAGGUUCCUAUGCUUGGAGUUGAGUCAUGUGGAUGUCCCGGUUUUUAAACAGAUCUACGAUGUUUAUUCAUUUUCUGUGGUUCCAACUAUGGGAGAGCUGGUUGCUGGUGAUCGACAGUCGUACCAAUACUUGGUUGAGAGUAUCCGUCGGUUCCCAAAUCAGGAAAAGUUUGCUCAGAUGAUCCAGGAAGCUGGAUUCGAGAGGGUGGAAUAUGAGAAUCUCGUGGGUGGUGUAGUUGCCAUUCACUCUGGACUGAAACUGUAGAAUAGCAAGCUGAACCAGACGAAACUUGGGCAGUAGGGUUUUUUCCCCCUUCUUGUUGUUGGCCUCCAGAUGAGGAUGGAUGUUUUCACCUCGUAAAAAUAGUGUAAGAUUAUCAAGCAAUGAAGCAUCAUCCCAUGGCAAUUGAUUUCGCAAAGGGCGGCCUUCCAAAAUGUAAUGAAUGACAUCCAGAUUGUGUACACCUACUUUAUUUUUUGUUUGACAUAGACCACCCUGGAAUACGUAUUUAUAAUUUUUUUUCUAAAGUUUGGGCAGCACAUGAAGACUCAGAAUCCUGCAAGAUUGUAUAAUUGCUAUAUUUAUUUAUGCCAAAUAGAUUUCAGGCACCAAAUAAUGCACACGAAUGAAGGAAACAUUCCAGUUCUUCCA